AUGUUUUCUAAAGUUCUAAGAUACGUACGGUUUCCAGCAUAUGGACUAGCAAUCGCAGGACCUAUAGACACUGUAAUUGAUCAAGAUGUCAUUGAUCCAGAGAUUAAAACGUCCAAAAGUUUCGAAAGAUAUAAGGAAAUAGACACAGAAACUGGAAUAGACAGAUUAAAGAUGAUGUUUCAAUUAGACGAGUAUGACAGCAUAUCACCGGAGUUGCAUUCAAUCUAUAAUGCUGGAUUCUUAGGCUUAUUUACGGGAAUGUGCUAUGGAGGAUUUCUCGGCUCUAAAAAUGCAUAUAUGAAUUUUAUGGAGAGGAAUCAAGCGACAGCAUUUGCAUCUCAUAUAGACGCUAAAAAGAAGAUCCAGGAAUCAGUUGUUAUGAGUUUCUUUAAAGGUGGCUGGAAGUUUGGAUGGAGGAUGGGCGUUUUUGCUACAAUGUAUGUCGGUAUAUCCACAACUAUAUCCGUUUAUAGAAAUAAAUUCACAAUCUUUGAGUAUAUAGUCGGUGGAAUGACAACUGGAGCUCUAUAUAAAUGGAAGAUGGGUCCAAAAGGAAUGACUGCAGGAGCAGCAGUUGGUGGUGGUUUAGGCUUAGUUGCAGGAGGACUUUCUAUUGGACUGUUAAAAAUGUCGGGAACAACAAUGGAGGAAGUAAGAUACUGGCAAUAUAAAUGGAAAAAUGAACGUACGAAUGCAUAUAAAGAAGGAUUUCACAUGCAGCUUGAAGGAACCGAAUUAUCAUUCAAACAUAAAAUGCUAGAUGAGCAUGACUUGAAAGUGGGCACAACAAAAGUGAAUCUAGCUGACUUUGAGAAAGAGACGGAGGAACCAAAGGAGCCAGAGUCAAAAGAUCCAAAAAUAGAAGUGAAAGUAGCCAAAAUAGAAUAA